GACUUCAAAUGAUGAAUUUAUAGGUGCAUGUUCACACUGAGGAAUACGGUAUCAGAAAUUUUCUGCGGAGUACAUGUGUUCACACUGAAGACACAGAAACUGCUUUAUGAAUUACAAGAGCUUGUCAGUAUAAAUAGGAAAUCAAAGGUUUAAUAAUCGUAUAUCUCUUGAAGAUAUUAAUGACUUCAUUAUGGAUUCAUUGCUUAGUUAUCGACCUUUCACCCAGCAAUGGCUCAAUUCUGUUUUUCAAGAGACAUUGCUACCAGGAUCGCCAUGGAUAAAGGUGAGAGAUGUAAUGUGCAAGAGUCUGGCGGGAUCCCUUGAACCUGAGCUGACCAAUCCUGAGCAUCGACAGAUGAUCUUCAUUCUCCUUGGCCACAGAUUUGUUGCAAACUAUUUUGAGCAAUAUGAGUUUGAACCAAGGCUGUUAGAUAACUUGAGAAGUGAAGAGAAGAAGAAACUUCAACAAGAUGUCCAGAUAAUUUUGAAGGAUAAAAUGAAAAAAGCUGUGAAAGAAUGUGGAUAUUCACACUCACCAGUAGAAGAUCCAGAUGACACACCAGAUGAUCUCAUGCAGUAUUGGCAGCAUACUAGAAAGCUGUUAGAGAAGGGGCUGCAAAGACACAGGCUCCAUGAAGAAGAUAAAAGUCCCCAUAAUACAUGGCAACAAAUCAAAGGUGUUGCCGGGGUGAUCACAAGUAAUCCAUCUGAACCCCCUAACUGCUGGAGUCACAUGAGUGACACCCUAAGCCAUUCAAUAUUAGCAAUCCUUAGGAGGGCGCCACACAGGUUGCAGAACGUCUGCAGUCGCCUACUAGGUAGACAGUUACCAGCUAGCUUAAGGAGGUAUAUAUGGACAAAUUGUACGCUACGCUCUAGUUCGCUGAGUAGCACUGCUUUCAGAACACAUGAAAAAGCCAUGAGAAAUAAAUAUGGCAAGAGUGUAUCUAAAGGUAAACUACAGCUGAAGAUACAGAAUGCAUCAGAGACCCCAGUUAACAGACUCAUCAGUAAGUCUGUAGCAGAGGUGAUGGAAAAGACUCCUAGCAUGCAAUCCUACCAGACAUUGAGUUUAAAGGAACACAUUAGGAAGAUAAUAAACAUCAUGUUUACUUACAACCAGGUGUUUGAGCCAUACCUGAUACAUUGGCUCUUUCCAUUGGUGUUAGCUUACAGAGAGGAUAGUGAUGCUGCUGAGUUUUCCUAUGAGAUGGCUAUGUACAUGGAUGAGCUACAGCAUGGGAUGUUUCCUACCUGGCCACAGGUGUUUUCUGUUGCAGAGGGCGCCCUACAGAGGCUUCAACAAAUUGACAUUGACUUCUAUAAUCAUCUGCAACAAAGUUGCAGUAAGGAAUAUAUGCUGGAUAUCAAGGAUUACAUGGUAGAAAUGCUAAUGAAAGAGCAGCAGAAAUCCCAUGGCACUGGUUCAAUGUCUGUAGUAAAUCUGUCUAGCCCAGUCAUGCUUGCAAGAAAGUGGGUGGGAGAGGGCUUUGUUGGUGUGCUGGAUUCUCAGGCUGUACUAUAUGUUUGGGACCAAUGCUUCAUGCAGCAAUGGGACCACCAGGUCCUACAAGAUGUCUGCCUUCUUCUGCUUCUCUUGCUUAAGUAUGACUUCAUGUUGACUAACAACUACAAUGAAGUUAAACAGGUGUUUACAUGCUUACCUGCUAAACUUUACACAUUGGACAUUGUAAGAGGUUACCAGCAUCUAAUCAGAGGGGAUGACCCCAAGCAUAUACCAGACCUCAACCGGCACUGGCAUAGUGUUACCAAGCCUGUGUUGCCAGAAAAUGUUGAAGAUGAUAAAGAAGAAAUCGAGGAAGAGGAGGAAGAAUUACAGAUGUCACCACAACCAGAGGAGGAGGAGGAAGAAGAAGAAAAGCUGACUGCUGUUGGACUGAAAUACUUCAGACUAAAGCUAAUCAUGAGGCAAUCUUUACCCAAAGGCAAACUGCCUCAAAAGCAUUUUAAAGCAUUGUUGGACUUCAAAGUGAGCAAUCUGUCACUCACUGUGUCUUUCUUUGUGGGUGAUGAGAUGAUAUGCAGCAAGAGCUUAACAAAGACUCCUCGUUUGAUCAAGGAAGAAAUGUUGUUUGCUAGCUUAGAAUCACAAAGAAAACGGGGCAAGAUUGAUACAAAAGUGUAUCUGGUUCAGAUGGCCAAAGAGCAUUUAAUAUUUGAUGUUGCUGAAGACUUACAAAACCAAGGAAUUUCCACUUGUGAUUUGGAACCAUAUGGCAUCAUCAACAUCAGCUAUCGUACAUCAACAAAGGACAAUGAUGGUAUUUCUAUACCGCUUGGCUGGGCUAGAGUAAAACUCUACAACCUCACCACACAAGAAGCAGACGAUUUGUCCAGUCAACCGACAACAUCUCAGCGGGCUGCAGAUACCAUCUUACAGGAGGGAAGAACAACAGUGAUGUUGAGUGUCUUGAGUGGGGAACAGACUGUUCCUCUUUAUCCAGGCAACCCUAACUUUAAAGUGAACUCACCUGAAGAUGGAGAAGAGGAUAGUCGAAAUAUGUUGAAGGAAGGCUCUGAAGUGAUACUAGAUGUAUUUGAAGUUAUGAUAGAUGAUGAUUUCUCACAAGCACCAUCAUCUGCAUCACUGAUCAGUGAAGGUGAGGAUGACUUGGAGCCUCCCUGGGUGCCACAGAUUGAGUCUGCCAUUUUGUCUCCAGUAGAUGUCAACUUGAAAGAUACCUUAGACUUCUAUAUUGAUGGCAUCAGGUUCCUGCCAGAUAAUGCUUCAAUAUCAAAGUAUCAGUUACAAUAUAUUUUUUCUUUUUUAUCAGGAGGUGAUGAUAAGACACUUUCAGCAUGGUUGACAGAUCGCCUAAAUAUUGCAAAACACAUACCAAGAGGUUCUGCACCCAUCCUUCUUGAUCUAACAAGGUGUGUUCGUUACAAUCAGAAAAAUGGCCUUACUGUUGCAAUGAAAGCUGCAUAUAAUAUCAGUGCUGAUGGUGCUUAUACACAGUGCUAUGGCCAGAUCAUCUCAGGGGACAGCACCACUGAUGACGUAGCCAACAGGACCGUCAAUGAGAAGUUUGUUGGAAAGGACGUCAAUAUGAACAGUCUAGAGUGCUCCCCAAAUUGGCAGGAUCGACCAAAGGUGUUGCAUCCUUCAUUAAAUGACAACACUGUCCUUCUAAUCAAAUUGAUUACGAUUUCUGGCAUGUACACCCCAAGGAAUGAUGGGAAGGGAUCACCUGCAGUUACCCUCCAAGAUGUCCAAGUAUCUUGCAUUGGAUGGACAGUCCUUCAGCUGUUUGACCGUGAUUGUACAUUUGCUGGGGACCACCAUAUUCCAAUCUUCAAGGAGCCUUUAAGUGAUGUAAGAGAUCAGAUUUUUAUGAAAGAGAUCAGAAGCAAGCCACUAGACACAUGCCUUAAGUCCGCUCUCAAGAAGGGAACCAUUCAGUUCAACGAGCAACAUUCCUCCAUGUUAGUUGAGGUCAGGGAUGGUCAUUUUGUUAAAGAUGAUACAGUGUCCAUUAUAAAGAAAAAUAAUGAUUACUUGAGGCUAGGCUCAUACAAACAAUUUAUUGAAGGUGUCAGUACAAGGGCAGGGGAGCCUGUUUCAAAGCUUCUGUUACGGUCAUUACCUGGUGCAGAUAAGAACAGCCAGGCCUACAAGAAGGAAGUCAAAAUAUAUAAACAAGCUAUGUUCAAGGCAUUUAAUGAUUACAUCGAUACAAUAAAUUAAUACUGUAUACAAACACAAGGACCGAAUACAGAGAGUUCCAUGUAAACAGCCUUUGUACGUGGAUUGGUCAAUGCAGUAGCUGUAGAGUUGCUCUUCUCCGAGCAGCCUGUCAGACGUAUGUCUGUGAAGUCGCAUACAUCUGUGAAAUUACAUACGUAGUGUAUAUAGUGUAUAUUUGAUACUUAGUUUUUGUGUUUUUAAACAAUUGUGCCAAUGUGUAUGUUGAAUAUGUAAAAAUAAAAGUAUACUCAGCAGGCUGAAUAUACUUUUUAAGAGUUUAUGUAUACAUGGUAAUUUUAAUUAAAUUAAUGUCCACUAAUGUUUGUUUUAGAAUAUGGGAACUCUGUAACUUGGAGAAAGAAAAAUAAAAAAUGAAGAUGUGAUUCCAAUUCUCACUUUAUAAUAAUAAACCACCCCCUCUAUUCGAGAUCUGUCGGAAUGCACACCGUCAGAUUGAUCUCAUCACCAUGUUUCGCCGAUGAACUUAACUUUGAAUCCUGUUAUAUUUCUUGUCUGAGCUAGUUUAUAGUCUGUAUGUUUUAUACAGUUGUAUUAAAAUGAUGUAUGA